UUGUUGGAGUCGUCCCACGCUUGGCUCGGCGCCUCCACCUCCAGUAUAGCAGCAGACAGCUACCAGUACCAGCUGCAGUCCAUGUGGCAGAAGUGCUGGAACACCAACCAGAGCCUGGUGCACAACCUGCGCUUCCGGGAGCGUGGACCCCUCAAGUCCUGGCGGCCGGAGACUAUGGCGGAGGCGAUCUUCAGCGUGCUGAAGGAAGGGCUCUCCCUCAGCCAGGCGGCAAGGAAAUACGAUAUCCCCUACCCGACGUUCGUCCUGUACGCGAAUCGAGUACACAACAUGCUGGGUCCUAGCGCCGACGGCGGGGCCGAUCUGCGCCCGAAGGGACGAGGACGACCGCAGAGGAUCCUGCUGGGCGUCUGGCCGGACGAGCACAUCCGUGGCGUGAUUCGCGCGGUGGUAUUCCGCGACGGGCACUCGCCCCACAUCGUCAAGGAGGAGCCGCCGACCACGAUGUACCCGAGCCUGGCGAACUACGCGGCUUGCAACGGCCCGGAAGGCGCGGUCAGCCCGGGCGCGGCGGCCGCGGCUGCGGUCGCGGCGGUCGCUCAAGGUCUACGACACCAGAUGUGCAGCAUGGUGGCGGCAGCGCACUCGCAGCAGCACGACAUGAUGGCGACGAACCUGUCGACGAGCCUGUCCACCAGCCUGUCGUCGAAUCUGCAGGCGGCGAUGCAGGCCAGCCAGCACCACAACAACAACAACACGAGCAACGCGAGCGGCCUCGGCAGCGGCAACAACGCCGGCAACAACAACGGCAACUCCCCGUUGAAUCUCGGCCUGGCGAGCCCGGGCUCGGGCGGGCCGCCCGAGAGCCCGCUGGAGAGUCCCCUGGCGAGCCCGCUGGGCCCGCUGAUGGACCCGUCGGGCCACAUACCCAGCAGCGUGGAGGUCGGCAUCGGCGUGAGCGGCAUGACGUACAAGCCGGCGCGGAGCUUCGUCAGUCCGCGCCCGGAGAAUCUCUUCCAGGAGGACAUCGCCGAUCUGGUGAAGAGCCCCCACGGUCUCAAGGACAAGGACAAGAUCCCGGUGAAGCUCGAGCCGCUCACGGACUCGCGCUGCGAAUAGUAAGCCAUCACGACGGUGGCUGCGGGAGGAGGAGGACGACGACGACGAGGAGUGACGACGACGACGACGUCAAUCGCCGCUGCGUGGAUCGUCGGCCGUCGAAGGACGUGGUGCGUCGACGACCCCGAGGAGGAUCUCUCUCUCUCUUCGUGGCCGUCUGCGGCCGGGGACCGGUGAUGCGGACCUGGUAGGCUACUCGCGAAGAAUUUUCGAGCUCUGUCCGGAAUUUCACUUCACCUCCUCGCGGGAGUUUAUAGUAUAUAUAUAUAAUCGCGCAUACGCGUCUCCCGAACGUUAUAACGCGAGCGCGAUGUUUUUGUGCAUACGAAAUAUCUUUAGAGGGAUGUUAGGGAGAAAGAGAGAGAGGCUUACAAUCAAAAGAAAAAAAAAUAAAAAAAUAAACUGAGACGGAGACACACACAUACACACAGAGAGUGCGGACGAGAUGAACGAGAGUGUCUCCCGAGAGUUUUUCCGCUCGACUUCUCAAGCUUCGGGGAAGGACGAUCGAGGCGGUGGUGGCCCCUCGUCCGCCUGGGACGGGGAUCCGCUCGGUCGAGCCUUCGGACGGCGGGAGAGCAGAAAACGGAGGAAAAGGCGAGAGAGAGAGAAAGAGAGAGAGAGAGAGAGAGAGAGAGAGCGAAAGAGAGAGUAAAAACCUUCUUCUAGCAAACAUACUAUAGCUAUUGGGUCGCCGGCGCCUCGCGAGCGCGCCGCCACCUUUUUCCAAUCUAGAUAGUCGUGUCAUCGUCGUGUCGUACAGACUAUGUACAUGUAAUAAAGAUAAAAAAAAACCCACACACGUUAACACACGCGCACACAGUAUGAGACAUACACCCACUCAUGUACAUGCACACAGCUGACGGCAGACACAUACAC